ACAAAAUUUAAUUGUUUCGGCCCCUCCACCUUCACACAUCAACUACAACUGCAACGCCAACAUUACAAAUCAGACAAAAUGGCUCCCGCAGCGACUGGUGCGAAGAAGCAGAAGAAGAAGUGGUCGAAGGGCAAAGUCAAGGACAAGGCCCAGCACGCCGUCUUGCUCGACAAGACCACUUCCGAGAAGCUCUACAAGGAUGUUCAAUCAUACCGUCUCGUCACAGUCGCCACCCUCGUCGAUAGGCUAAAGAUCAACGGUUCGCUGGCACGAAAAUGCCUGAAGGAUCUUGAGGAGAAGGGUCAGAUCAAGCCCAUUGUCACCCACAGCAAGAUGAAGAUCUACACCCGAGCUGUCGGUGCCGCGGACUAAACCAUCACUCUCACGAUACCACGAUGAAGAUGAUAUUCGGCCGACAGUCGACAAUAGAGUUUGACGGGCUAGAUGGAUCGCGGAUACGGCUUUGAUGGAUUCAGGCAUUUGGUCCUCGGCGUAGCAUUGGGACGGUUAUGGUUCGGAAUUUCGCUUGCAGUUGCAUUCAGAUAGGGACCGAAUGAGAAAACCCGAUGAAUCUGCGUAUAUACUUUCGUCUGAUUUGCGUGCUGUCGACCGCUGUGUUAUAAACAUUCUUGUUGUCUACGCGUAUGGUAGUAAUUUCAGGCCUACGAUGUCUUCUAACCCCCAAUCCCCAGCAAAGAAAACGUGGUUCUUUAUAAACAUGAACCAGUCGAAUUUAUAGGAAAACUGACGGCUGAUAGUCUGCUGACCUUGGAACCUUGGGUACCUAUUAAAGUCGUGGAGAAGUUUGUGAUGUAUAUUUGGUAGCGCAAACAGAUGUAUCAGCAGGCGCCAUUUCAACUAGGAGGGAAUUACAUAUACACUACCUAGAAUUUCCAUAUGCAUUGGAAACACCCAGGUACCUAAUAGGUACCUAGGUAGGUUACACAGUCGGGGAGAAGGGUGGGGAGAGAGUUGUUGGCUAAGCCAGUAUAGGUUGCUCUAUCACAAAACCUAUUAAGCCCUAAUAAUAUACC